AUGGCGCUCCUGCUCGCGGCUCUACGCGUCUUGCUGGGCUGCUUUUUCGUACUCACGGGGGCGGCCAAGCUCUCGGAGCAGAUUUCGGCUCCGGUGUCGGAGCAGAUGAAAGCCCUGUUCGUGCAGUUUGCUGAGGUGUUCCCAUUGAAGGUGUUCGGCUACCAGCCAGAUCCCAUAAGCUACCAAGCGACUGUGGGCUGGCUGGAACUACUGGCUGGGUUGCUGCUGUUCCUGGGCUCACCGAUGCUACAAGAGAUCAGUAACUUGCUUUUGACCUUGCUCAUGAUUGGGGCUGUCUUCACUUUGGUGGCUCUGAACGAGUCACUGAGCACCUACAUCCCAGCCAUCGUCUGCCUGAGCCUCCUGAUACUGCUGGAUAUCUGUCAGUUCUCAGCUCAAACUGAAGAGGCCAGACCCUCAAGGAAGAAGACUCCAAGUAUAUUCCAGGAGUGCUGGAAGUAG